GCGCGAGGAGCACAGGGACUUUAACUUAGCGCCCCGGGACUCUUACGAGGCUCUCUGGGCAUCUGUAACUCUUUGAGUCUGCAGGUACAGGGAGCCGUUGUCCCUAAUUCAUCGAGGGAAUUGUGUCAAACUUUGUCGACGUGUGGGUGGGAGGCAGCGGGACCACUGCCGGUCCUCCCGCAUCCCGGCAGGGUUAGCUGUGGACAGCGCGCUCUUCUGUUGCGACCCCUCGCCAGACACUCUGGGAAUGGAGCAGUCACAGUGUUGCAGCAGAGACCAAAGUGUUAGCGGCCGACCCCACCUGGCCCCAGGGUUGGUGGCAGUGGCCCCUCCAUCCCUGUCUUCGGCGUUACCGGUAUCCCCGGGCAUACCGGUUCCUCCAACUUUCCUGCGACCGCCCAGCCUCUUUCUGCGGACAGCCGCCACCGCGGGGAGUGGUGGCUGCCCGCCGGCUGCCAGUCUGGAGAGGGGAGUUGGCGCCGUGGGCUGCGGCUACCCACGGACACCCAAGUGCGCUCGUUGUCGGAACCACGGAGUCGUGUCGGCCCUCAAGGGCCACAAGCGCUUCUGCCGCUGGCGGGACUGCGCGUGUGCCAAGUGCACACUGAUCGCUGAGCGCCAGCGCGUCAUGGCCGCCCAGGUGGCGCUGCGCAGGCAGCAGGCCCAGGAGGAGAGCGAGGCCCGGGGGCUGCAGAGGCUCCUGUACUCCGGACCGUCGGGCCCCGGGGGUCGGACACCCGGAGGAGGCAGCAGAACAGAGAAUCCCCAGACCGCGACCGGCCCUGCGGCGGUGACUGCUCUGGGACUGGAUGCCUUGAGACAUGCCAGUGGUCUGGCGACCCCUGCUUUCGAAAGUUUCCAGCCAGAUUAUACGGAGGAAAAACAAGUACAAAAGGAGAGUAAAUGUGACUCAUGCCAGAGUGGACAAGAAGAACCAGUCUCCAAAUCCUAUCACCUUACCCUGGAAUCAUCUCCUAAGUCUAAUGAUGUCAUUGGAAAACAAAAUGUCAGGUCAUGUCUUUCAGAAAACUCAAACAAGGAUGAUCAGCCUCCUCAUCCUGGGGAGCAUUCAGGAGGUGAAGAGAGUCCCAGGUCUCUGUCAUCCUCUGAUCUGGAAUCAGGAAAUGAAAGUGAGUGGACCAAAGACUUCACCGCUACCAGAGCCAGCCUUCCCACUGUGUCCUCGAGAUCAAGAGACCCUCUUGAUAUCCUUACCAAGAUUUUCCCAAGUUACAGACGCAGCCGGCUAGAAGUCAUUUUACAGUUCUGCAAAGGGGAUGUGGUCCAAGCCAUUGAACAGGUCUUAAAUGGGAAAGAACACAAACCAGACACCAGGGAGCUAGCAAGCUCAGGAGAAUUAGAAAAUACAGCUUUUCAGAGAGCUUCAAACUUUGGUUUAGCUGGAAUUGGUUUUGGAACUCUAGGAAAUAGAUCAGCUUUCUCUCCCAUUAACACUACUAGUGCUUCUUAUGGAGGUGAUUCAAGUCUCUACACUUUAAAUCCUAGACUAGGUAUCAGUCCAUUACGGCUGGCAUAUUCGACCCCAGGAAGGGGGCUAUCUGGUUUCAUGUCUCCCUACCUAACUCCUGGGUUGGUACCAGCAUUGCCUUUUCGGCCAGCUUUGGAUUAUGCCUUUUCAGAGAUGAUUAGGGAUUCUUCUUACCUUCCCAGCAAAGAUUCAGUAACUGGUGGCAGACUGUAUUCCAGACCAAAUCAGGAUAGUCUGUAAUGCAUCUGCCUAUCUCCCUUUCUGGAGUAUUUUUAGAAGCAUGCAGUACCAGCCCUUACACCCACAUCUAUUGUAUUCACUGUGUAUGUGCAUGGAUUACCAGGCCUUAAAAAUGCUACUUUUAUUUUU